GUUACAGUGGGGUGAAUGUCACCCGCUGCGGUUCUCGGGCGGUCCAGCCGGUGUCGCUGUUUCAGGCCACUAUCACAUAACGCCAUACCUACUGUAUGAUGGCGAAAUAAACAAACAUGCAGUUUGAAGGGGCGCAGCGCGAGUAAAUGUGAACGCUAUGCUGCUGCUGCUUCGUCUCGUCUCUGUACUGACGACGCUGCUGUGUGUCGGCGAGAGUUACACGAUCCGGAGCGCGGUGUCGUGGGCUGUCGCCGGUGAUGCGGCGGAGGAAGAGCUGGACACGCACUCGGACGAGGCGCCCGCUGUGCUCGUCGAUAAUAUCGGGAUCUGGAAACCAGCCUAUCCGUCCUCUGUGUACCGGGACGCUUCGGAGAAGAAACCUGAGCAGAUAUCGAAAAGCGAGGAAGUGUCCUCCGCGUCCCGUGUGUUUUCGUACCGGAUGGAGGAGGUGAAGGUGCCGUCCGGCGUCGCUGCGCCUCCGCUGCACGAGGAGGCGGCGAGAGUCGCCCGAUACAUGACGCACUAUAGCGACUGGGGUCACCUGGCAACCAUCUCCACACAGCAGCAGAUUAAAGGACUUCCUUUUGGAAACAUUUUCUCUGUAAGCGACGGUCCAGCUGACAACAGCACUGGCGUUCCUUAUUUUUAUGUGACACCGAUGGACAACACUGUAACGGAUCUCCGCAGCUUCCCUUUUGCCUCCUUGACAUUUUCUGAGGCAGAGGGAGAUUUCUGCAGGAAGCAGGUUUAUGACCCUGAGGACCCCAGGUGUGCUAGACUCACUUUGACUGGUAAAAUGGUGGAGGUGGGACCAGAAGAGCUUGACUUUGCCAAAGAGGCCAUGUUCUCCAGGCAUCCUGUCAUGAAGAAGUGGCCGCCUGGACAUAAUUGGUUUUUCAUGAAGCUGGUUUUGCAGCAGGUGUGGCUGCAGGACUGGGUUGGAGGAGUCUCUGUCAUUCCACUUGAGGAGUAUUUCGAAGCAACGCCUUUCUGAGAAAAAAAGAGCAACAUCCUAAGAGCAACAAGCAGAAUUGACCUGAUUGUGUACAGAAGGUGGUUAUGUUUUUGUUACAAACUACUUUUAACUAGUGUUUUUUCUUUUCUUUUCUGGCAAUGAUGCUGGAUUCAGUGCCUCUGAACAUUUUCCUGAGGAUUCAUUGAAUGCAUAAAUUAUGUUGAAGGAAGCAUAACAUUAUCUAUAAAACAAUUUCACAGUUACUUAAGGUUGGAGAUCACAUGUAGACACUGUAUUGAAAGGAAAGCUAUUCAUUCAUCAUAAAUAAACAAAUCACUCAUGUUAAAUAAAUCUACCACAGGCCUUCAUACUUUAGUACACAAAGAAAAGGUAUAUAUUAUAUAGUUGUCGAGUUCUUGCAUGUUUUCUCUGAAACCAACUUUACUGUAUUGAAAGUCU